UCGAAGUCGCCCUUCGCGAACCUCGCAAACCAUUUCUGGGCUGUUCUCACCGGCAUUGUAUCAUCUCCGUAUACGGUACAAACGUCACAAGCGACCGUUGAGCCCCAAUUGAAUGCACAAAGUACACCUGACACUUCAUUCCAUCACGCUAAAGAUCCGGACGAAACAAGACUGCACAGUGUUGGGGACGUUGAUGAGAUUUGGUGGAGAUUACAGCGCUAUGAGAACUGGAAGGAUUCUCUGCCGGCGAUCGAAAUGCCUGAGUGGCUGAAGAUUGAUCCGAACGAGAUACGUGAUCGCCUGUCGGAUGGAUACGAUCGCGUCAAGAGAGAGUGGUCCGAGAGGGAUCGUGUCUGGUUGAACACGUUACAGGACAAACUGAAGAAGUUCGAGGGAAUGUGGCAACGCGGUUUCGUUCCAACUGAAGGUCCGCAUUUAUUGCUUAGCUAUGGCAAGUUUUUUGAUCUGUUAGCUGAUCUGUUGACUGAUCAAUUUGAUCUGUUGACUGUUUUUGAUCUGAUUGAGUUGAAGUUGAGUUGA